AUGGCCUGUCGGAACCUCAAAAAGGGUGAACAAGCCCUAUUCGAACUCCAAAGCAAAAAUCUCAAGGGAACCCUCUCCCUCCUCCAGCUAGACGUCGAAGACGACACAUCCAUAACCCAAGCAGUCUCCACCGUCGCCGACCAAUUCAACCGACUCGACGUCCUAGUCAACAACGCCGCCUCUGCUGCACCUAACAGUAGCGGCCGCACUAAACUGAAUCAGAUCUUCUCAACGAACGUGAUUGGUGCCACACUGGUCUCCGAGGCUUUUAUUCCCCUCCUGCUCAAAUCAGAAUCCCCCUAUCUGAUCCACGUCUCCAGUGGUCUGGGCUCAAUGCAACGGGCAACUGACCCCAGCAGCGAGAUUUAUGCUGCGCCUUGGGACGAAUACCGUGCGAGCAAAGCAGCGCUGAAUAUGAUCACUGCUCAGAUGCAUAAGCGACUGCAGAGUCGGGGUGUGCGGGUUUUCGCAUUCUGUCCCGGUCUGGUGAGGUCGAAUUUGAGGGGUGAGGAGGAGGCUGCGGUGAGUGCGCAGGGGAAAGCUGGGGAUCCGUUGGAGUCUGGUAGAGGGAUUUUAAGGAUUGUGCUUGGGGAGAGGGAUGGGGAGGCUGGUGGAUUUAUUAACAAGGAUGGUCUGUUGCCCUGGUAG